AUGGAGCUACAGGUGGAAAACCAAAGUCAGCCUUUCAACACCAACACCAUGAGGCUGCCAGCUAAACUCAUCCUGGGGAUGGGUGUAGAUAACUUCAUUUCUCUUCUAAUAUUCGGACUCAUUUUCAUUCUUGGCGUGCUUGGGAACACGUUGGUCAUAACCGUGCUGGCGCGCAGUAAACCGGGACAACCGAGGAGCACAACCAACGUAUUCAUCCUCAACCUGAGCGUGGCCGACCUGUCCUACCUCCUCUUCUGCGUCCCUUUCCAGUCCACCAUCUACAUGCUGCCUACGUGGGUGCUCGGAGCUUUCAUUUGCAAGUUCAUCCACUAUUUCUUCACCGUGUCCAUGCUGGUCAGUAUUUUCACUCUGUCCGCGAUGUCCGUGGACCGUUACGUGGCCAUCGUCCACGCCAGGAAAUCCUCCUCGAUCCGGGUGGAGAGGCAUGCCAUGCUCGGAGUGGUGCUUAUCUGGACCCUGUCUGUGGUCAUGGCAGCUCCCGUUGCGCACUACCAGAGCAUCGUGGAGAGGGAGAACAACAACACCUUCUGCUGGGAGGUCUGGCCGGAUCACCAGAGGAAAGUCUACGUGAUGUGCACCUUUGUGUUUGGAUACCUUCUGCCUCUCACUUUGAUAUCUGUCUGCUAUGCAAAGGUUUUAAACCAUCUACACAAAAAGCUCAAGAAUGUCUCCAAAAAAUCUGAGCUCUCCAAAAAGAAGACCGCUCAGACUGUCCUCGUGGUGGUUGUGGUCUUCUGCCUGUCCUGGCUGCCUCAUCACAUUGUCCACCUUUGGGUGGAGUUUGGCUCCUUUCCCUUGAACCAGGCCUCCUUCGUGUUCAGGAUGGUGGCUCACUGCUUGGCCUACAGCAACUCGUCUGUGAAUCCCAUCAUCUACGCCUUCCUGUCUGAGAACUUCAGGAACUCCUACAAGCAGGUUUUCUGGUGCCGGGAGCCCAGCGAGUGUCCUCUGAACGACCACAGAGACCCCCGCAGCAGAAUGGAGACAGCACCUUCCACUAACGUCAGUGUGUCCUACAAAGGUCACGACUCACAGAUCGGUAAAAUGCUUUGA